GCGGUCCAUGAAUAUUGAUUACGCAGCGCGGCCCCGUGCGCCCGCCCCUCCAGACUGCCGACGCUCGGCUGCUCGCGCUCGGGCUCGCGAUGGGGAAGAAGUCCCGGGCGGUACCCGGCCGCAGGCCUAUCCUGCAGCUCUCUCCACCCGGUCCUCGGAGCAGCACGCCGGGCCGGGAUCCCGACCCGGAUCCGGAUCCCGAGGCUGACUCGACGGCGGCGGCGACCACCCAGUCAGCCCCGGCGGCGGCCGCGACGUCGCCCGCGGUGCCUGCCACCGCUGCCCCUGAGGACUCGCCUUCGGAAGAUGAACAGGAAGUGGUGGUGGAGGUUCCCAAAGUUGUUCCAAAUCCUCCAAAACCAGUCAUGACUACCAGACCCACAGCCGUUAAGGCAACAGGGGGUCUGUGUUUGCUUGGUGCUUAUGCUGACAGUGAUGAUGACGAGAGUGAUGUUUCUGAAAAAACAGCGCAAUCCAAAGAGGCCAAUGGAAACCAGUCAACUGACAUUGAUAGUACAUUGGCAAACUUCCUUGCGGAGAUUGAUGCCAUAACAGCUCCUCAGCCUGCAGCUUCUGUGGUAGCUUCUGCUCCCCCUCCAACUCCACCUCGACCAGAACCAAAGGAAGCAACAACGCCUGCCCUUUCUUCCACCUCGUCAAAUGGAACAGACUCAACCCAGACGCCAGGGUGGCAUUAUGAUACUCAGUGCUCACUGGCAGGAGUUGAAAUUGAGAUGGGAGAUUGGCAAGAAGUCUGGGAUGAGAACACAGGUUGCUAUUAUUAUUGGAACACACAAACAAACGAAGUAACUUGGGAAUUACCCCAAUAUCUUGCCACACAGGUGCAGGGAUUACAGCAUUACCAGCCCAGUUCUGUAACAGGUACUGAAGCUGGUUUUAUGGUAAAUACAGACACAUAUAUAAAGGAGAAAACUAUUACUGUUUCCAGUAAUAAAAGUGGACCAGUCAUAGCCAAACGAGAAGUUAAAAAGGAAGUGAAUGAAGGAAUUCAAGCUCUUUCCAACAGCGAGGAGGAAAGGAAAGGGGUGGCAGCAGCGUUGCUUGCUCCCUUGCUGCCUGAAGGAGUGAAAGAGGAAGAAGAAAGAUGGAGAAGAAAAGUCAUUUGUAAAGAAGCAGAUCCCAUGUCAGAGGUUAAGGAAACAAGCACAGCAGCGGAGGAAAUGGGGACUGUCAUGAAGCCCCAGGAAGUCACCCUGGACAGCUUAGAAGACCCUUCUCAGGAGGAUCUUUGCAGUGUUGUUCAGUCUGGAGAAAGUGAGGAGGAAGAAGAGCAAGAUACCCUUGAGCUGGAGCUAGCUUUGGAAAGGAAAAAAGCAGAGUUAAGAGCCUUGGAAGAAGGAGAUGGAAGUAUGUCAGGGUCUAGUCCACGUUCUGAUAUCAGCCAGCCAGCAUCUCAGGAUGGAAUGCGUAGACUUACGUCUAAAAGAGGAAAAUGGAAGAUGUUUGUUCGAGCUACCAGUCCAGAGUCCACCAGCCGAAGUUCUAGUAAAACUGGACAAGAGACUCCAGAAAAUGGAGAACCUGCAAUCGGUGCUGAAAAUUCUGAAAAAACAGAUGAAAAUUCGGACAAGGAGGCAGAAGUAGAAGAGUCUUCUGAGAAGAUAAAAGUCCAAAUAGCACCUAGAGUAGAAGAAGAGCAGGAUUUGAAAUUUCAGAUUGGAGAACUGGCAAAUACCCUGACAAGCAAAUUUGAAUUCCUAGGGAUUAACAGACAGUCCAUCUCCAAUUUCCACACGCUGCUCUUACAGACCGAGACUCGAAUUGCAGACUGGCGAGAAGGGGCUCUUAAUGGAAAUUACUUAAAACGAAAGCUUCAGGAUGCCGCAGAACAACUAAAACAGUAUGAAAUAAACGCCACUCCUAAAGGCUGGUCCUGCCACUGGGACAGGGAUCAUAGACGAUAUUUCUAUGUAAACGAACAGUCGGGCGAGUCUCAGUGGGAAUUCCCAGAUGGUGAGGAGGAGGAAGAAAGCCAAACACAAGAAGUUAGAGAUGAGAUUCUUCCUAAGUCGACUGUGAAAGAUAAAACCUGCACUGAUCCAAACUCUACAGAGUCCUCUGAGAAUUCCACAGUGUAUAGUAAGCAUCAUAUCUCUGAAGGUGGAGUGAUACUUCUUCAUGGUGAGUAACAUGUGAUAUAAGAUACCUAAGAGCAAAAGGUUUUAGAUUAAGAAUUGGUAUCCUCACAAUAGUCUCUUUAAACUUAAUGUAGUUCUAAUUUUAGUGCAUAACAAAAGCUUAACCAUCACAUUGGAUUUCAGAAUUAAAUGUUCAUGUCAGUAUAAAAAAUACUAACUGGAUUUGAUUUAUAAACAAGUAGCAGUAUGAUUGUAAUAGAUACAUAUAUAUGAUGCUUAAACUAGGUUUUCUGUUUAGAAGUUUUGAUUUUAACAUUUUUUAAAAAGACUUAUUUUUAUUAUUUGUGUGUGUGCCUGUGGAGGCCAAAAGGCGGCCUUGGAUCCCUUGGACUGCAGUUAACAAACAUUUCAGAGCCACCUGAUAUGGGUACUGGCAUCUGAAUCCUGGUCCUCAGGAUAGAACUGCAAGCCAUCUUAACACUGAACCGUCUCUUCAGACACAUUGCUUUUGACUUUUUGAGAUGGGCUCUCUGUGUAUUUUAGGCUAACUCAGACUCAGUUUCCCAGGAGUUAGAAUUACUAACUUGUGCCACCAUCCCAUCUUAAGUAAUUUCAACCUUUCUGUGCUUAAGCUAAAGAAAGAAUGAUCAGUGUUUGAGAUACAGCUUUUAUGUUUGAGUAAAUUUAGGGGCUUGGAAUUCUGUUACUUUUUGCUAAAUUUAUCAAGCUGGGUAGUGUGUGUUGCUUAUGUUUAGUUUGUCUCGUCUUUUGCUUAUUUGUCUGUUUUUUUGGAAACAAUGUCUGUUAUACCCCAGGCUGGUUGGGGAUUUGCUGUGUAGCUCAGAGUCACAGUCUUCCUGCUCCACCUCCUAAGUGCUGAACUGGGUUCCUAGGUGAUGUUACCAUACCUGGUUUUAUGCACUGGGAUGGGACUUAAUGCUUUGUGCAUUCUAGGAAGCAUACUGCCAACUGAGCAGUGCCCCAACCCCCAUCAAUGAAGUAUAGUUGAAUAAUACUUACACAAAGUUUAGAUGAUUUGCUUUUGCUGGGUCACAGACCACAUUAUUAACCCUGGCCCGGUGUGUUCCCCUUGCAUUUAUUUGAUUGGCAGCAUGUCAGUGUCAUCAAGGCUUGAUGAUUGAAGACAAGAAAAUUGCCAGUGUCAUCAAGGCUGACACAGUUCACCAUGCAUUAUAGUUAAUUUAGUAGAAGAAAGUUAAAGUCUUAAAUUAAUAAUCUUUAGUGUUUAUUGCUUUAUUUUUAUCUUUAGUGUUCUGAUGAAAUCUUGAUGUACUGUUUUAUAAUAUAGACUUUCUAACUAUAUACAUACUUUUUGGUCAAAUUAGUCUUCUGAAAUGUUUCUGUUGGAAAGUUGGUGUAUAACUAAAUUCAUAUUACUUGAUGCCAAUACAAAAAAGGUUAAUGAGUCGUUUGAGUUCGUCUAGCUGAAAAACUGCAUUCAUGUUUUCUGGUAAAUCUUUUUCUAAUGUCCCUUUCUUUAGCAAUAAGGAAUGUUUCAGUAAUUAUAAAAACAGUGUGAAUCAUCUUAAUAUUUUUUACACAAUAUGUUAACUAUGGUGUUCCAUUAGCAAAUCUAUUCUAAAAGCCUGUUGGCUUGGGCUUUACCUUGUCAGGCUUUGAGUAUAAAUGACCUUCUCCCUAACCUAGAGUUUUUCAUAAUGGAGCCCUUAUUUAGUCAAAUUUUGACAGGUGGCGACAUUUGGAUAUUUACACGCCUAUAAUCCCAGCACUUAAGGAGGCAGAGGCAGGUGGAUGUCUGUGAGUUCAAGACCAUCGUGGUCUGCAGGACUAGUUCCAGGACAGACUCCAAAGCUACACAGAGAAAUCCUGUCUCAAAAAACUUAAAAAGAAAAAGAAAGCACUAGGGCUAGGCGUCAGACCUGGACUCUUGGUUCUGGCCUGUCCCCUGACAACUCUACCAUCCUAAGAUAAUAGUUCCUACCUGGGUUUCAUUACCUCCAAAAUGAGAAAGUUGAACUAGAUGAUUUCUCAUGUUUCUUCUACUCCUAGAUUCUAUGAUUUUUAGGGAGAAAAUCCCCUCAACAUUCCUGGGAUAUAUAUCUAAUAGUCCCAUAUAUUGUGAAACAUCCCUAUUGACGAUAAAGAGGGAUGGGGAAGGCUACAAGUAAGUAUAUCCUCCUAUUUUCUCUAAUCUUUAAAAAGCUCUACCCAGCAGCAAAACUGCAGUGUUCAAUGAUAGUGUUUGUGAAAUUUGAGAAAAAUUUAACAUAGCUUUUCAGUUAUAAUUUAACUCAAGCUAAAGCAACAGCAGUUUAAAGUUUCUACAUCUUUUAACACCGUGUUUGAAAAUCUCAGUGAUCAUUUGACAUUUUGUCCUAAAUUCCUCUUCACUCACCACAGAAAGAAGAGUGACCUUCCCUUUGUUGGUGUGGUUAAGCAAAUGUCAUUUGCACAUGUGAAGUACAUUUUUAAAUACUUCUAAUAUCCAUUUUUAAAACUUCUAAUCCAGGUUAAUCAAAUAGGUAGAAUUUUUUUUGUUUUAAUGGGUUUUCACUGUGGCAUCCACACUUAACUAGUUCACCGAAAAAAAAAUAGUAAUAAAACAGAAUCAGUAUUACAGAUAUACAUGAUUCAUUUAUUUCAUUUUUGAAACAUAGUCCCCAGAGAAUUUCUGCCUUCUCAUGUUGCAAUAAAUGUUUGAAAAAAAAAAAAAAUUCUAGGGGUCUGAAGCUCUUAAGAGCGUAUACUAUUUUGGCAGAGGACUGAAUUUGGUUCUCAGUACCAACCAACUGGACAGGUCACAUCUGCCUUAACUCAAGCCUCAAGAGGAUCCAAUGAUUUGGUGCCUUCUUCUGGUCUUUAAGGGCACCUGCACACACAGGCACAUACCUAAACACAUACACUUAAAAAUAAGGUUUAUUUCCAAGUUUUAGAUUUGGAUAAUGGAAUUACUCGUUUUGUGAUAUUUUUUAUCUACAAAUCUGGAUAUAAAUGCUAGUACAAUAUAGCUAGGAAAAGUUCUCUCGGCCUCAUAAAUUAUAGAAGUAAUUUCCAAGUUGAACUGCUCAGUGUUUCAGUGACAUUAGUGGCUAGCUAUGAGUCAAGUUUUAAUUACGGGAGAGCCUUCUAGUCCUGCUAUUUGAAACGACUGUGCACAUUUGUCUUAGGUUUGUAGUGAUGUGAACCUUAACAUGAGUAUUAGCUAUGAAGGAUUUGUUUUGGUUUUUCCCUCACUGCUGUCUGUUUUCCAGGUUCUCUUUGUAAAGAAUCAUUUUCUGGCCAAGUUUCUUCAUCACUCAUGCCACUUACUCCAUUCUGGACCCUCCUUCAGUCACAUGUGCCUGUGCUCCAGCCACCAUUACCUCUGGAAAUGCCUCCACCCCCACCUCCACC